UGCGGCAAUAUCUGAAGAUCAUUGUCAUAAAUUACUGCAUGUAAUGGUCACUGAACUUCUCUAAUGACUACUGCCUACAUUCAUUCUAUCUGAAUCCUUUUUUUUAGGUGCUGAUUACAGAUAUGUUUAACCGUGUUCUAUAAUACUGCACAAUGGGAUCUAUCGUUGUUUGUUCUAACAAGAAUAUUUUUUUAUUUCAGAUGGCAGCGAAACACGAGAAGGUAAAACAAUCAAUUCUCCUUGACAUAAUGCUAUGGUAUUGAAAUCAUUCAUCCAAAGCAAACAACUCAUUCCGUGAGGUUACACCUCCAUCAUCACCUAACUUUAAAAUAAUAGUGAAAAUAGAAAAGCAUUUUAGAUUAAUUCAUAACACAACUUCUUAAAGAAAGUACUUAGUUCUGUUGUAGAUACAAUUAGUUUUGUCUCAAAGGUUGCUGUGGCUGCUAGAGAUAACCAAUUUUAAAGAAGAAUGAAUGUCUCCAUGCAUUAUGCUGGUCUAACUAGUUUUAAAGAGAAACAUUUCUAAAAUAAAACUGAUGAGAUUACAGAAUUGAACGCUUGAUUAGUUUUUUGAACAUUUGUAGGGUGAAGAUACAAGCUCUUCUGACGAGGAAGAAGCAGGCAAAGAGUGAGUAAACCUAAGAAGUUUAGAUACGUAAACGUAUUCUUUUCCCUAAACAUGCCUUUUCUGGCAUCAAAGACGUAACAUCAUAACGUCUGGUAUAAGUUGUAAUGAAAUAAAUUUAAUUUGCCCAGCGAAUUGAAAUAAAAUAAAGCCAUGAUCCUCGCAGGCGAGCUACAAUUUUAGCAAUUGCAGAAAAAAAGCCUAAAAUACUACGGCUUUGACGGGAUUCGAAAUCCUGCCUCCCACAUGGAGGGGAGUUUAAGAAAACCACCAUGGCAACGGGAAAAAAAGGUUAAAUGAGCAAAACAAUGGCUGUGCACGAGCCUAACAAAUCUUUGCAUAUUUCUAUGCGUUCUCUGCAAAACAACAACGUGAAAUGACCAAACUGAAGAACGUGAACGACGAUGGCUAUUUCUUUAAAUUUCAAUUUCUAAUUUAACGCUGUGUUCCAUGAUCAGUGUCGAGAUAGUUUUAACAGUAAGAAACAAACUAAGUAAACCUAAAGUAUCGCGUGAUUUCUAGGUAAAAUAUAAGUUCAUUUUUUUAACCGACGUUGUCCACGGCGGCGGUGUCGUCGUUUCUUAAUCCUUUAACUCCCAAGAUCUGACUGUAAAUUUUCCUCUUUGGCUACUACACAUUUCCAAAUAUGUCAGUUGCAAAGAUUUGGUGUUCUAUCACGAAAACAACAUCUACCUGAUCAGCAUGAGUAUUCUCAUUCCUUGUUUGCUGGAUAAUGUAUGGAUAUGAAAAAGAGAAGUUAGGUUUCAAUCACAUCUAGGAGUUAAAGGGUUAAACUCCCGACUAGUUGGGCGCUGCGCUACUCCCAACUGAGCUACCAAGCCUCACACUAGGAGCGAGGCAAAUUUUGAGGGUUUUUCUUUCCCGUAGAGGAAUCUGAUAAAACUUCUAUUUGCUUUGGUUUAUUCCACUGGUAAUAAACGACUGUAAUAGAAAGGCAUUUCAUUAUCAAAAACAAUGUUUCUGUUGUACACAUCCUAGAAUACCUCAGCAUGACGCAGAUUCCAUCGAAGAUCAACAAGAAGUGCGCUUGCUAGACAACACUUCAAGUUGCUUGGAAAAUUCUAAUCAGGUAAGAGUUGAAGAAAAAGUUUGUACUUUGCAAAAGCUUUUUUUUAUUAUUUUUUUCGAAUCCGUUGAAUGAAACAAGCGAUCAAAGCUUCCAAACUGCGCCAUGUCGUUACGCAAGAACACAGCAUGACGAAAUUGUACACCGUGUCGAACAAUAAAUACUCUUAAAAACGCAAUCGGCCUCAUGAACCUAGAUGUAAAUUCUCGAUGAGGCGUUUCUAGAAAUGUUUAGAAGCCACGUUCUCUCAAACCCGACUGUCUCGAGAUUUGUGUCACCCCGAACUGAAAUUGACGUAACACCGUCAGAAUAACGGAACACGACUGAUUUUUCUUUGUUAGGACGACAACUAUCCACCUCCAGGAUGGAAUCUAUCCGGACGAAGGAUCCAACAAUGUACAGACGACAUUCCUACUGGGUAUGUGAUCCAAAAUAGUAUACAUCAUAGAAGACAAAAAGAUUCUCUUGAAAUAAGCGAAUUAUGGCCACUGUCUCCAUUCUCAGCCAGUUUAAACUUCUUUAAAAAUUUUCAGUGACUCAGUCUGAUCAUGCUUUAACGGAAUUAUCCUUAAAGUUAAACGAAAUAAAUAAUACUUUGACCUGCGGAUGAUAAACAAAGAAUAUAUGAUCCUCACGGACUAAGACGAGAUUCGAAUCCCUGCCUUCCAGAUACUAAUUGGGCGUUACUACCAACUGAGCUAAAAAGCCACCUCUUGGGAGCGAGGCAAAAUACUGAUGCGAAAUCAGUUUUCCAGCUUCCAAGAAUCAUUAGAGUACAAGUAGGACUAUAGAAAUCAAUUUAACUUGAAGAAAAUUGUGAAAAUUAAUCUAAGUGUCAAUGAAUAUGUAACCGGAGGUCACUUUAAUAAUUUCCUGUUACAGGAUUGGAGAUGACGAUGUUUGUACGAUUGAUCUUUGCGAAGAAGAAGAAUGCCGUGCUGCACAGGUGAAUAACUCAACAAAUAAUUCCUUUGAAUGUAACCUAAAAUGCCCGCUUACCGACCAAUAAAAUGUCUACCUGUCAAACUGUUUUUAUCAUUUCAUAUUUUCAGGAGAACGAUUAUGUGGACCAACUGACCGAUGAUAUCAAAGUUUUCAUAUCUUUAUUGAUUAUUUCUUUAUAUUUAAGAGCUCUGUCUAAUAAUUUCAUAAAUUAAAGCUGCAUGGUCGUUUGUUCUUAAAAUUGAACAAAUACAUUGUUGUAUAACAAAACCAG